AUGAAGGUUGCAUUGUUCUUCGUCGCGCUGUGCGCCUCGCUCGCCAGCGCCGCUGUCACCCCGUCGCGGAGGUGCGCGUCGGAAUACUGCACCUUUGUGAUGACGAGUCUUGUCACUCGCGACGUCCAAAGCCGGCAGACCAAGCUGAUGCCAAUGAGGGAAACGGGUCUCCUGAACUCCUCCAGGCCCGACAUGGAUCCCAAGGUUGGAGCAGAUGAAAACGCUCGAGGGUGCGGUCUGUCCCAUAAUAAAUAA